UUGCCAUAAUUGAACUGAAUUAAUUUCAUGCAACGUUAAUCCUUCCUAAAAUUUCAUUGGAUGUAGUAUUUCAGAAAGGCGAUUCAUGUUUGAAUUAAAAUGAUAAAAAAACGAUGAUACCACGGGUCCUUAAUGAUAUUUCGUGACGUCAUCGUUAAAAUUCAAGCAUCGACGGAGGUCUCAGUCAGAGUUAGAGACCCAUCAAACUUGAUAAAGCAUAAAUCGUAUGCAGAGGGUUCUGCCAAGUGGGAAUGGAAGUGGAGUGAAUCGGUCGUUUAAUAAUGUAGCAACUGACAAAACGCUAGAACGAUCGUCGAUUAUCAAUGGCUCGUUUUUCGCAGCUUUGAUCCUCUAGCUUUGUAACAUUUCCCUCUAUUACGACAGCCAAAAUAUCUUACUAUAUCGGUAUUUGUAACUAAUUCUUCCAUUAUGCGAUUCUUAGCGAUUAUGGCAGUGUCAGGGCAAGUGACCUACGACCUUUGCAAAAAAUGUAACAGAAGUUACCACGACUUGAGAAAUAUGUAUGAAAGGAACUUGAUACAGAAUGUUUUCCAUCUACCUGAAGAAGAUCACACUGAGAAACUUGAGAAGAGGCAAUGGCUCUUCAAUCGGGACAAUAGAAAUUCAUUGCCUGAGUAUCAUAGUUUAUGCGAAACUGUAACGGAAACAGUGCAACUAGACGAUUCCGAGUACGAGUAUCAACCGCCUCUUUAUCAUGAGGUUUACUGUAAAAGUAACGCUUUGCUAGACAGCCUUCAACGCGCCAAUCCAUCGAAGCAGAAAUGCGUAUAUAAUGGUUUUCAUUGCGUGCAAAGAAGUAGAACUUUGAUAUUGGUAAGGCGACGAUGGGAAAACGAGUGUUGGGAACCUUUUGUCAAACAAAUUCCCAGUGGUUGUGACUGUAUGUGGCCAAAAUCUGUCCUCGGAGAUAUAACUAAACAUUAUUAAUCACCAAUAGUCUUUUACAUCAUAUUGCAUCAGAGAAAUUAACAAUUAAGAAGUGAAAAUUCUUUAUUAAAUUUUAAACGAUUGAAUAUUUAGUGGUGCAAAAAAGAUCUGGUACAGAAUCAUUAUGUAUAUUAUCAAAUAUAUAUAAAUUUGUAAUCU